UCUCUCUCUCUCUCUCACACACACAAAUAAACACGAUGCCAAUCUCCUAUGUUUCAGUACGAGGAAAUAAGUUCUUCACAAUUUCACUUUCUUUGUUCUUAAGCAUUGAAAUCUUAAUCUUUGUUGGUUUAGCAGGAUCUCUGCCAUUGCCAACACCUUGCGGGCGCGCCCCCCACAAAGCAGCUUGUGAAUACAUGAUGUCAUCGGCCGUUACUGCUCUUCCCGAAACCCCGGGGGAGCUAUUUGACCACUCGGUCAAGUUUAGCAUGGGCCAGGCUCUCGUGGCUCGUGCCCUUGCCUACAACCUCAGCCUUUAUUACGCAAAGGCUCGUAGCCACAGCCACUUACUUGACAUCAUGAAUGACUGCAUCGAGCUGCUCGACGACAGCCUAGACCAGCUCGCCAACGUUGUCGACCGCAAGAAAAAUCCUGGCCCCAUCAGCACCGAUGACGUCCAGACAUGGCUUAGCGCUGCUCUUACCAAUCAAGCGACUUGUCUUGAAACCCUUGAAGAUCGUAAGUUUCAGGUAGAGAAAGGCGCGAUGGAUGCUGCCGCUCAAAAUCUGAGCCACUUCAUUAGUAACACCCUGAACAUUUUCAUGUCUUCUAAGCAAAAGGAGGCUGGGGGCGGCGGCGGCGGCCAUCGGAGAUUGUUGUCCGAUAGUUUUCCGUCAUGGGUUUCAGCGCCGGAGCGGAAACUUUUACGAGCAUCUUUGGGAGAGAUAGAAGCCAGUGCUGUGGUGGCGAAGGAUGGAAGUGGGACGCACAACAGCGUAGGCGAGGCAAUUGCUCUUGUGGCCUCCUUGGCUGGCGAGGGUAGGGCUGUAGUUUACAUCAAAGCUGGGAUUUAUCAUGAAAACCUUAAGAUUCCCACUAAGCAAAAGAACGUUAUGUUAGUUGGGGACGGAAAGGGCAAAACGGUCAUUAUCGGUGACAGGAACUCUGAAGAUGGCUGGACAACUUUCCAGUCAGCCACUGUUGCCGCCAUGGGAGAUGGAUUUAUUGCUCGAGACAUCACGUUUGUCAACAGCGCGGGGCCAGCCAAACACCAAGCCGUUGCUCUUCGCGUUGGAUCCGACAAGUCAGUCAUCUUCCGAUGUUCCGUCGUCGGUUACCAAGACACCCUCUACACUCACUCCAAACGCCAGUUCUAUCGAGAAACCGAUAUUUAUGGGACCGUGGAUUUCAUAUUCGGGAACUCUGCAGUGGUUUUCCAAAACUGUAACAUUUACGUGAGGAAACCUUUGUCGUCUGGGCAAGACAAUUUCAUUACAGCGCAAGGUCGGACCAGCCCAGAUGAAAAUACCGGCAUUUCUAUCCACAACUGCAAGAUAUCGGCCGCAUCUGAUCUCGCUCCGGUCAAAAAUAAGUUUUCCACAUAUCUCGGAAGGCCAUGGAAGCAAUAUUCUAGGACGAUAAUCAUGCAGUCCUUUCUGGAUGACAUAAUACACCCAUCGGGAUGGUCACCCUGGUCCGGAAAUUUCGGCCUUAAAACACUAUAUUAUGGGGAAUACAUGAACUCAGGCCCUGGAGCCUCCACCUCCGGUCGGGUCAAGUGGCCGGGUUAUCGUGCUUCAAUCACGUCCACUGAAGCUCAGAGUUUCACAGUUGCUGGUUUUAUCGCUGGACAUCUUUGGUUGCCCACCACUGGGGUGUCUUUUGAUUCAGGACUUCUUGGAUGAACCUUGGAACUAUCGAUAACAGUAAAGCGACAAACAAAAUCCCAACACAAUCUAUGUUGGUUUUUCUUCUUUUUUCGAUCUGUUGUACUUUUAAGAAAUGAAGCAUAUAUAUGUACUUGCCUGCGUGUAUGUAUAUAUAUGUUCAUUGUACAAUACGUGCAGGGCCGGCUCUUCCGGUAGGCGGCCGCCUAAGGCCCCAAGUGGAAGAAGGCCCACAAAAUAUAGGUUUGUAAGGAAGAAAAAAAAAAUUAAAUAAGACCUCUAUAACUUUCUUUACAAAAGAA